AGUCGAAACUUGCAAGAGAAGGAGAACAUACUUCCCCCCAAAAAAUUUCUAUCACUAUUUAUUUCCCCCCCUUUUAUUAAACCCACCGACCCCCUAAAUUUCCCUAAUUCUUUGUCCCUUCUCCUCGUCCACAGCCGAACAGCAUACAAGUAGUAGUUAGUCAGUUGGAUUCAAAUGGACAUGGAUCCUGAUGACGUUUUUCGAGACGACGAAGAUGAUCCUGAAAAUGAUAUCUAUCAGGACAGACAGUCUAGCAAAGAACUAGUGGUGUUCCUGGUGGAUGCUUCUCCCAAAAUGUUCACUCUCACUUGUCCCACCGAGGAAGAUGAAGAGAAUACAUCUCAUUUUCAUGUUGCUGUGAGUUGCAUUGCACAAUCUAUCAAGGUUCAGAUCAUCAACAGACCAUAUGAUGAAAUUGCCAUAUGCUUCUUCAAUACUAGAGAAAAGAAAAACUUGCAAGAUCUUAAUGGUGUUUAUGUAUUUAAUGUUGCUGAAAGAGAACAUUUGGACAACCUUACAGCACGGUUUAUAAAGGAGUUUGAUCACGUAGAAGAAUCUUUCAGUAAAGUCAUUGGGAGCGAGUAUGGCAUUGUCCCUGGUUCUAGGGAUAAUUCGUUGUACAAUGCACUCUGGGUUGCGCAAGCACUACUACGUAAAGGAUCUGCCAAAACAGCUGAUAAGCGCAUAUUGCUGCUUACAAAUGAAGACGAUCCUUUUGGAAAAAUCAAGGGAGUGACAAAGCUAGAUAUGGCUAGAACAACAUUGCAGCGAGCUAAGGAUGCACAAGAUCUUGGAAUAUCGAUUGAACUUCUUCCUCUAAGUAGUCCAAAUGAAGAAUUUAACGUCUCACUUUUUUAUGCUGACUUGAUUGGAUUGGAUGGUGACGAGCUUGCUCAGUUCAUGCCGUUGGCUGGAGAAAGAUUUGAAGACUUAAAUAAACAAUUAAGAAAACGCAUGUUCAAGAAGCGCAAAGUUCGCAGGAUCACAUUUAUGAUCGCAGGUGGUUUAUCAAUCGAAGUAAAUACAUAUGCACUUAUCCGUCCUGCUGUUCCAGCGAAAGUUACAUGGCUCGAUUCUGUCACCAAUAUUCCUUUAAAGGCUGAGCGGUCCUUUAUAUGUGCUGACACUGGGGCACUCGUGCAAGAGACUCCAAAGCGUUUUCAAAGCUACAAAAAUGAGGAUAUCAAGUUUUCAGUAGAAGAGCUUUCAGAAAUCAAGAAAGUUUCAACAGGAAACCUACGUCUUCUGGGUUUUAAGCCAUUAAGUUGCUUGAAGGAUUAUCACAACCUGAGGCCACCGGCAUUUUUAUUUCCUAGUGACGAGGAAGUGAUGGGAAGCACGUGUAUUUUCAUUGCCCUUCACAGAUCUAUGAUACGUCUUAAACGUUUUGCAGUUGCAUUUUAUGGGAGUUCAACUCAUCCUCAGUUGGUUGGACUGAUUGCACAAGAGGAGAUCAUUGAAGGUGGUGGUCAGAUUGAACCACCAGGAAUGCACAUGAUAUAUCUUCCAUAUUCUGAUGACAUAAGACCCAUAGAAGAGCUUCACGCAGAGACUAGUGGUGUGAUUCCCGUGGCCACUGAUGAUCAAGUCCAAAAGGCUGCUGCUUUGGUGAAACGCGUAGACUUGAGAGAUUUUUCUGUCUGCCAAUUUUCAAAUCCUGCCCUGCAGAACCACUACGCUGUGGUACAAGCUCUGGCCCUUGAUGAAGAUGAGAUGCCUGAAAUUGUUGAUGAAACUCUUCCGGAUGAAGAAGGCAUGACUAGGUCAGGGAUUGCUAAAGCGUUGGAAGAGUUCAAGAUUUCCGUCUACGGAGAGAACUAUGUUGAAGAAAAUGAAAAUCCAGUUCAGGGAAAGGCAAAUAAUGCCACCAAGAAAAGGAAAGCGGCUGCUGAAGACAAGAGUGCAUACUAUGACUGGGGCAAACUCGCAGAUGAUGGAAAGUUGAAAGAUCUGACUGUAAUGGAGCUAAAGAACUACUUAAUAGCUAACGGUCUUACUGUAGCGGGGAAAAAGGAGGCUUUAAUUAGUAGGAUCUUAACACACUUGGGCAAAUGACAAGUAGCAUGUCUUUUUCCAUAGAUUGAAUUUUGCGUUGCCUACUACCAUGGUUAUUUAUGAUUUGUCGAAUGUACAGAAUUCUACUUUUGUUAUGGACCAAAUGUUUAUUUUGUCAAA